UUCACAGAUUUACGCUCCAUACACUCCGUUGCGUUCUUCGUAUACAUUCCUCACUUCUCUUCUCAUCUCCAGGCCUACUUUGUUGACAUUUCUGGAAGAAUUAAGAUCAAUGGCAUCUUCCUUAGACAUGUCACUUGAUGAUAGAAUAAAGAACAGGAGUAACAGAGGGAGAGCUAGAGGACGUGGUAGAGCCCGUUCUGGCCGUGGAGCAAGCGGGACUCUUGGUGGUGGGAGAAUGAAUGGUACUGUUAAUGGUAGAAGAAUGAUGACUGGUGCUGUUAGUGCUGGAAGAAUGACUGGUGCUGGUCGCAGAGGUCCUCUAAUGGUUAAUGCUCGGCCAUCGUCUUAUGCUAUCGCCAAGUCGAUUCGCAGAGCCAGGCCUUUUCCAUGGCAGCAUGAUUUAUUUGAAGAUAGUCUUCGAGCUGCUGGCAUACAAGGAAUUGAAGUUGGCACCAAGUUGUAUGUGUCGAACUUGGACCAUGGAGUAACCAAUGAAGACAUAAGGGAACUUUUUGCCGAGCUUGGAGAGUUGAAGCGCUAUGCUGUUCAUUAUGACAAAAAUGGUCAUCAAAGUGGUUCUGCAGAAGUUGUUUAUACUAGAAGAAGUGAUGCAUUUGCUGCUCUUAAACGAUAUAACAAUGUGCUUUUGGAUGGAAAACCUAUGAAGAUCGAGAUUGUUGGUGCCAAUGCAGAGUUACCUGUAACGGCUCGUGUGAAUGUCACUGGAGUUAAUGGGCAGAGGAAACGGACUGUUGUGAUGGCGCCAAGAGGAGGGCGAGGUGGAGGUCCUGCUGUCCCUAAUCGUGGUGCUGGCAUUGGUGCUGGUUGGGGACAUCGUGGCGGCCCCCCAAGGAGUGGGAAUGGACGAGGUCGAGGUCGGGGGCGUGGCAGGGCCGGCGUCCGAGGUCGUGGGAAAAAGGAUGCAGUUGAGAAGUCAGCCGAGCAACUUGAUAAAGAAUUGGAGAACUAUCAUGCUGAUGCCAUGCAGUUCUGAGGAAGCAGUGAUAUUAACUUCGUAGUACCGGUUAAUAUUUGCCAUGUAGUAUGUCCUUGUACAAAAUCAGUAGUCUGCCGUUAUUAUAUAUCCUACACUGCUAUGAGAUGCCUACUUGUUUUGCGACAUUAUCUCGUUAGAGGCUGAAUGACUUUUAAAAGUUGUUGGAUGAUAUUUUUCCUGCCCAUUUUUAUUAUUGGUGUAAAUUGCAAUUGCUUGCUA